AGCACAAUAGUAGCGUCAAAAGUCUCGAUGCGAUUCUGGAAUGCCUUGGUCCCAAUGGGUCUACUACUUCCCAUCGUUGCAGCUGGAUUCCAUGGUGGAAUACUUACUCAGACGGCGCCCCCCGAUAGCAACGGUUGGGCUAGCAUAUUUUGGAUUGCAGUCCCAUCGGGGCAUGACAUCUGUGACAGCCAGGAAAAGGAAAUAAACAUACACGCCUCCAAUAUCGUACCCCUCGGGUACCCACUGAAGUUUCAGAUUUGCGAUAAUACGGUUACGGUUUCCGAUGACCUUAACCACUGGGCCACCGACCAAGGUAACGGAGACUGUUUCCGAAUUGGCCCUGAUCCACUCUUCAAUGCGGGUAAUUGCACGGAUUCCUCCCAGGUGUGGUAUGAUAAGUUCUUUUGCGACUCCCACGUGUGCGCAUAAAGGCCACAAGCAGAGCUGGCAUGCAGUGACCACUGCAGGAGUCGGGGGGCUUGGUCAGGGGGCUAGCUGUAUGAUGAUUGACUGUCUAAGCCGAUAAUUACAUUCGAAAUGAUCAUUACUGUGUUCAAAAUCUAUCUUAAU